CGGCAACCAGCGGAGAAAAAAACCCUACUUUAAACCCUCCACAGCGAGAGAGGAGAGAGGAAGGUUUGGGUUCGUAUCAUCAUCGUCGUCGUCGUCGUCGACAUCAUCAUCGUCUCCAAGUGUUAGCGUCGGAGUGAGUCGCCCGCUGAUGAUGGAGGGUCCGAGCCCGAGCGCGGUUUUCAUCGACACGAGCCUCGGCACUCACCUGGCGAUGCUCGUCUCCGGCGCCGACACCGUCUCCGACCUCAAAAAGAAAAUAAAGGUUGAACACAAAGCAUGCUUCCCAACCUUGGGGGAGAUACUUGUUAAUGCUGUAAAGGUUAAGCGCAAAGGAGACUUUUACCAUCUAGCUGAUUCCAUGCAUGUGAGAAGUGCAUUCAAUGGGGUCAAAAAGAAUUGGUUUCUUUCAGUUGAUGCUUCCAUUUCGAGUGUCUAUUCUGAUGGACAAAACAUGCUCAAUCCUAGCUCCAGCGGCCAACCCGUUCUCCUUGCAAUCUCUAGUAAACCUUCCAGUGAUCGACUUGAUACUGCACCUGAUGACCAGCCUGAAACUGUGCCCAGGUUUGAGGUUUCAACAACGCCAAAGGCUGGUAGCUACCAAAAUGGUGACAAGGUCGUUCCUGUCCUUGCUUCAGAAAAUUUGGGGGUUGAACAAAAUGACGGUGUUAAUUGUUCGAACGCAAAUAGAAUGACCCCUCUGCCCUCUCUAGGGAUAAAUCAGAACAAUGAAAUUUCUACAUCUAAUGCAUUAUCUACCAAACCUGUGGACAUUUGUGACACGUUCACGACUGGAUCGAGAAAUAAGAAGAGGAAAAAGAAAGAGAAAAAGUCAAAGGUGUGCAAUCCAGAAGAUUUGAGUCACCCUUCUUCUAGGAAAGCCAUCAGGAAUGAGAUGGAAAUGCAGAAGGAGAAAUUGGUCUUUGAUAGCAAGGAUCUCAGUGGAGAACCUGAAAUUACUGUGGCUACUGAUCAGAGCAUUCAGAGCCCGAAAUCUUCUGAACCUCAACAGGCCUCUUUUACAGAAAAGCCCGUAGAACCUGUUCAAGAAAAGGAUAUUGAGAUGCGUGAUGUCAAUUCCGGUAAACAGUAUAGUGGAGACAGUGCAGAAGAUGGUGUCCACUCUUGUCCACUUGUAGUCAGAGAGCCGGACCACUCGAAAAGAGGAUUUGGCCAGAAUAAAGUCACUGGGGGCAUUGAGAAGGCUAUUGUCACUGGUGAAUCAGUAGUUGCUUCUAAAACUGAGGAACUCAAAGCAUCCACAAAGAAAAAAAAGACCUCUAAAAGAUUAAAGGAGUCGGAUGGGGAAAAAUGCAUCAAUUCAUUUAGCGAGCAUAUUGAAAGCUCUUUGAUUGGAAGAUCUUUAGCCGACCUUCAAAAAGUUCCUGAAGGUGAUGAAUCCCAAAAUAAACUUGAGAACCGAGAAAACUUUUUGUCUCAAACAAGGGGAGGAGAAACAAUGGUGAUGGCUGCUGCAGAGCCUCUUGAUAUGCAUGGGACUAAGGUGGAAUCUUCUCAACAAGUUAUUGAGAAGAAUAUGGAUAUUGAGAGCACUGAAGAGAAGACAAAGAAGAAAAGCAAGAAAUCACGAAGAUCAACUGUGGAGAAUCUACCCAGUGUGGAGAUGAAAGAUCCAAACUCGGACGGUAAUGAUCCACUAGUGACGAGUGCGACUGUGAAUGAGACUACUAACAAGCAGACCAGUCACAGGGGGUCCGUGAAAGGUUCAUCACGUGCAUCUGAAGGAAAUAGCGGAGGCAAUCCUCCUCAAUUGACUAUGAAUGUGGAUCUCCCCAGUAAUGACCAUCUAGAGAAAGGAGAAAACUUGUCUGAGGCUAGGGGAGGAGAAACAAUAGGGAAGAUUGCUGCUCCAGGGCAUCUCGAUCUGCAUAGGAGUAAGGCGGAAUCCUCACAACAAAUUAUCGAGGAAGAAGUGAAAACUGAUAGCAUUGGAGAGAAGACAAAGAAGAAAAGGAAGAAAUCACGAAGAUCAACUGGGGAGAAUCUACCCCUUGUGGAGAUGAAAGAUCCAAACUCUGAUGCUUUUGAACUUACACCGAUGAGUACUACUUUGAAUGACACUACUAAUGAGCAUACCGGCAUCAUGAAGCCCACAAAAGCUCCAUCACAUACAUCUGAAGGAAAUAACGAGGGUGGCCCUCCUCAAUCAAUCAUUAAUGUGGAUCUCCCUAGUGGUGACCAUCUAGAUAAAGGAGAAGGCAACUUGUCUCCAGCAAGGGGAGGAGAAAAGAUAGCGAGGGCUGCUGCUGUAGAGCCUCUUGAUGUGCACGGAACUAAAGCAGAAUCCUCGCAACAAAUCAUCGAGAAAGAAUUGAACUUCGAUUGCACUGAAGAGAAGACAAAGAAGAAAAGGAAGAAAUCACGAAGAUCAACUGGGAAGAAUCUACCCCUUGUGGAGACGAAAGAUCCAAACUCUGAUGCUUUUGAACCAACAACGAUGAGUACCACUCUAAUUGACACUACUAAUGAGCAUACCAGGUACAUGGAGCCCGUGAAAGCUCCAUCACAUACAUCUGAAGGCAAUAACGAGCGUGGCCUUCCUCAAUCAAUCAUUAAGGUGGAUCUCCCUAGUGGUGACCCUCUAGAUAAAGGAGAAAACAAAUUGUCUCAAGCAAGGGGAGGAGAAACGAUAGUGAGGGCUGCUCCUGUAGAGCCUCUUGAUGUGCAUGGAACUGAGGCGGAAUCCUCCCAACAAAUCAUUGAGAAGGUGAAUGUUGAAACCGCUGAAAAGAAGAAGACAAAGAAGAAAAGAAAGAAAUCAGGAAGAUCAGCCGUGGAGAAUCUACCCAGUGUAGAAAUGAAAGAUCCAAAGUCCAAAACUAAUGAUCCACUACCCAUUAGUGCAACCGUGGAUGAGACUGCUAAUGGGCAUACCAGUUACAUGAAGCCCAUGGCAGCUCCGUCACGUACAUCUGAAGGAAAUAACGAGGGUGACCCUGCUCAAUCAAUCAUGAACGUGGAUCUCCGUAGUGGUGACCAUCUAGCUAAAGGAGGAAACAGCUUGUCUCAAACAAGGGGAGGAGAAACAAUGGUGAGGGCUGCUGCUGCAGAGCCUCUUGAUGUGCACAGGACUAAGGCAGAAUCCUUAGAACAAUUCGUUGACAAAGAAAUGAACAUCGAAAGCACUGCAGAGAAUACAAAUAAGAAAAGAAAAAAAUCACCAAGAUCAACUGUGGAGAAUCUACCCAGUGUAGAUAUGGAAGAUCCAGACUCUGAUGCUAAUGAUCCGCUACCCAUUAGUGCGACUAUGAAGACCAUGAAAGCUCCAUCACAUACAUAUGAAGGAAAGAAUGAGGGCGACCUUCCUCAAUCGAUCAAGGAUGUGGAUCUCCCUAGUGGUGACCAUCUAGACGAAGUUAACAAUCACGUGAAGGCAGUGAUUGAAAGUGACAUAAUCAAUUUCAGUGAUUAUUUUGCACCAAGGCAACUCCAGCAAGAAGCCCUGGCUCCUGACAAUUCUGUUGUUGAUGGAGGGACAAAAGAAAAUAGCGCAGCUAGAAAGGUCAAAAGCAAAAGAAGAAAGAAAGCUGAUGCAACUGUUGAUGGCAGCUCGUCCGGGUUGCAGAGUUCACUUAUGUCAAAUGGACCACAAGAUGGACUAAAAUCUCCUACUGGUAACUCCUACUCCAUCCAUCUUCGAGAAUCACUGGCUAAUGACAAGAAUGAGCACUCAGGUAGCAAUGGGAAGUAUCCUCGUGUAGGUCCUGGAAGUACAGACCAGACUUUGUUGUCUUCAAAAUCGGACCAGUUUAAGAUUAUAGCUGAAGAAGCUCCAGGGGCCAAAGUCAUUGUUGUUACUCCUAAUCUAGAGAAAGACAGUGAAACAUCAGCUGCAUCAGGUUCUGACAUGAGAAGAACCAAGAAUGUUAAAGCAGGCAACAAGAGACGCUCAGGAGUUGACCGCUAUCGUCUGGCUGUUAGGAAAUCUUCUCACCAGCAUACUGGGGAAGUUGUUGAUACCUCUGAACGGAAGAAAAGCUUGUUAGCAACAUCAAUCGCAAUUUUCAACGAUGAAAGCAGUGGGAGUUCUGCAGAAGCUGAGGGAAUUGAGGAUUCCGAUGCUAGCACCAGGACACCAUCAGAUAAGUUGUUAUCUGACUACUCUGACGGCGACAGUAAUGCAAAUCUGAACUCACCUAGGGAUGGGAAUCUUUCAAGAAAAGAUGAUGGUGGGAGUAGCAUGAAGAAAUCACAGUCCUUAGACAGAAAGGAUCUAACCCUCGACAAGAUCCUCAGGAGUUCAAGCAGGUACAAGAAGGCCAAGCUAGCUGCUUCUCAAUCGCAGCUUGAAGACUCUGAAAGCCAACCACUUGAAUUUGUGCCUGAUAGUCAAGCCAUUUCAUAGUUGGCUCUGUGAAAUACAACAGGUAUAGAAGACAUACCUCAAGGGGGUUGAUUUGGAGGACGAGUCAUACACAUCAUAACCUCCUCAGAUUUUGACAUUUGUGUUUUUUGUUGAGCUUUUUUUCACCCCCUUUUCUCUAUAUUCUGCUACUUCUCAAUGAUCCCCUAAUUAGCUUAAAAUGCAUUUUGCUGGAAAAGAGGUACUCAUGUUCAACAAUGCUCUGUCCGGAAGCUGACUCUUUUUGGAGUCACUGUGUCCGGUUCAGCUGGUGGUUAAUGAAAUUUUCCUCCGGUGCAAUCACCGCCUACGCCCCCCCCCAUUUUCCAAAAUUCGGGAUGGAUGACUGGUUAACUGAGUUCAAUAAAUUGGAAGUUGUAGCUUUAA